AUGAGGGCUUCCUGGGCGCUGGUACUGGCUGCCUGCCUGCUGCUGCCUGGCACUUGGGCGCAACGCCGCCAGCAGCUCACGGAUGACACCUUUGAGCACAUCACCCAGGCUUCCACCGGCCAGACCACCGGCGUGUGGCUUGUCAACUUCUGCAGCCCGAAGGCGUGCAAGGACCUGGCGCCCGCCUGGGAGGAGCUGGGCAAGGAUUUGCUGCAGCAGCAGCUGUUUGUGACCAGCGUGGACGUGCACAGCAACCCUCAGCUGCGCACGCGGUUUGGCAUCACCACCCUGCCUACCAUCCUGCUCUUCCGGGACCGCAAGAUGUAUCGGUUUGAAGGCAAGCUGAUCCCCGGCACCACGGACUACAAGGCAGUGCUCAAGGCGUUUGCCACAGAGGAGUAUGCUGGCGGGACCGCGCUGGAGGUGCCGCCCGUGGCCUUGCCCUUUGACUGGCUGUCCAAGCUGGCGCACCAGAAGCUAGCCACGGUGAAGACGGCACUGGAGACUCAGGACUUGAGUGGGCUGGCCAUGGCGCUGCUCCCGAUCCUGCUGGUGUUGCUGCUGGCCAUGCUACUCAUGCUGGCCAACCUGGGGGGAAAGAAGACAAAGCGGGAGUGA